AAAUUUCCACUUCUACUAUGUUUAAUCUCAAGACUGAAGAUACAGUACAAAUGGCACAGAUCGUGACAUUUUUUCAGAUGCUAUUCAUUCUGCUACUUUGUGAUUACACCUCAGCUGAAGAUGGGGAAACAAGAGCUAGUUGCAGAACUGCUCCAGCAGAUUUAGUUUUUAUCUUAGAUGGCUCUUACAGUGUUGGCCCAGAAAACUUCGAAAUAAUCAAAAGCUGGCUUGUCAAUAUUACAAGAAAUUUUGACAUAGGGCCAAAGUUUAUUCAAGUUGGAGUCGUCCAGUACAGUGAUUACCCUGUACUUGAAAUUCCCCUUGGAACUCAUGAAUCCAAUGAGAACCUUAUCAGGGAAAUGGAGUCAAUACACUACUUGGGAGGAAAUACAAGAACAGGAAGAGCUAUUCAGUUUGCCUAUGACCAUCUUUUUGCAAAAUCUUCAAGAUUUUUAACAAAAAUAGCAGUUGUUCUCACUGAUGGAAAGUCUCAAGAUGAAGUAAAGGAUGUAGCAGCAGAAGCAAGAAAAAAUAAAAUCACUUUGUUUGCUAUUGGCGUUGGCUCAGAAAUUGAGGAGGACGAACUUAAAGCUAUUGCCAACAAGCCGUCAUCAACUUAUGUAUUUUAUGUUGAAGAUUAUAUUGCAAUAUCAAGAAUUAAAGAAGUUAUAAAGCAGAAACUCUGUGAAGAAUCUGUUUGUCCGACAAGAAUUCCAGUGGCAGCUCGAGAUGAAAAAGGAUUUGACAUUCUUGUAGGAUUAGGUGUGAAGAAAAAGGUUAAAAAGAGAAUUCAAAUACCAAGCACUAAUGCAAAAGCUUUUGAAGUAACCUCACGUGUUGACCUGUCAGAAUUGACAAGAAAUGUGUUUCCAGAAGGUCUGCCUCCAUCCUAUGUGUUUGUUUCCACUCAAAGAUUUAAAGUAAAAAAGACAUGGGAUUUGUGGAGAAUUCUCAGUCUGGAUAAGAGACCACAAAUAGCAGUCACUGUUAAUGGCGAAGAGAAAACAUUAUCAUUCACUACAACAAGUUUAAUAAAUGGCACACAAGUUAUUACCUUUGCUGCACCUGCUGUAAAGACAUUGUUUGAUGAAGGCUGGCACCAACUUCGUCUCUUAGUAACAGAAGACUCUGUAACUUUGUAUAUAGAUGGCCAAGAAAUUGAAACAAAGCCAUUGCAUCCUGUUUUAGGUAUUUACAUCAGUGGCCUAACCCAAAUAGGAAAGUAUUCUGGAAAGGAAGAAACUGUACAGUUUGAUGUACAAAAACUGCGAAUCUACUGUGACCCAGAGCAAAAUAAUCGAGAAACAAUCUGUGAGAUCCCGGGAUUUAAUGGAGAGUGCAUGAAUGGUCCUAGUGAUGUAGGCUCAACACCUGCCCCCUGCAUAUGCCCACCAGGAAAACAAGGACCUCCAGGCCCCAAAGGUGACCCUGGGCAGCCUGGGAAUCAUGGUUAUCCUGGGCAGCCUGGUCCAGAUGCUGUAUCCCCUGGGAACUCUGAAAAGCAAGAUCUUAAUUCAGACAGCACAACAGGCUUACAGGGAUAUCAGGGAUCAGCAGGAAUUCCAGGUAUCCCAGGGACUCCAGGGGUUCAAGGACCACGUGGCUUACCAGGUAUCAAGGGAGAGCCGGGGAAAGAUGGGGUUAAGGGUGAGCGUGGACUACCUGGUUUUCCUGGAUUACAUGGGAUGCCAGCACCAAAGGGAGAAAGGGGUCCUAAAGGAGAUCAAGGAGUGCCGGGAAUAUAUGGAAAAAAGGGUUCAAAAGGAGAGAAAGGUGAUAUGGGGUUUCCAGGAAUGCCUGGGCGAUCUGGAGAUCCUGGCAGAAGUGGGAAAGACGGAUUACCAGGAAGUCCCGGUUUCAAGGGAGAAGUCGGACAGCCUGGAUCUCCAGGCCUAGAAGGACAUCAGGGGGAGCCCGGAAUUCCUGGAAUCCCUGGAAAUCAAGGAGCAAAAGGACAAAAGGGUGAAAUAGGACCACCAGGUCAACCAGGAUCAAAAGGGUCACCAGGAGAUACUGGUUUGAUGGGACCAGAAGGCUCAUUUGGUCUACCUGGAGCUCCUGGACCUAAGGGUGAUAAAGGAGAACCUGGGAUGCAGGGGAAACCAGGAUCACCAGGAGCCAAGGGAGAGCUAGGAAUACCAGGGGCUCCAGGUGAACCAGGCUACCCAGGUAUUCCUGGUAUCCAGGGUAUAAAGGGGGACAAAGGAAACCAAGGUGAAAAUGGUAUGCAGGGACUGAAAGGAGAAAAGGGAAGACAAGGAAGUCCAGGCUUACAGGGACUAGAAGGACUGAGUGGAGAACGAGGAGAGAAGGGUGAGAAAGGAGACCCAGGCAUUCAAGGCAUUAAUGGUCAAAAAGGAGAAUCUGGUCUGCCAGGUUUGGUUGGACCUCCUGGUCUCAGAGGUCAGCCGGGAGAUAGAGGACCCCCAGGACCACCUGGAUCAGAUGGAAAACCUGCACGAGGAUUUUCAGAAGAAUUUAUUCGACAGGUGUGCUCAGAUGUGCUGAGAACCCAGUUGCCUGCCAUCCUCCAGAGUGGAAGGCUGCAAAACUGUAACCACUGUCAAUCCCAAAGCACUUCCCAAGGACUUCCAGGACCACCAGGUCCAAGAGGCCCUGAAGGUCCAAGAGGGUUUCCUGGUUUACCAGGAAAUGAUGGUAUUCCAGGGCUGAUGGGCAUCCCGGGUCGCCCUGGAGCUCGUGGGACAAGAGGACUGCCAGGGAAAAAUGGCGCAAAAGGCAAUCAAGGAAUUGGGGCUCCUGGGAUCCAAGGCCCCCCAGGACCUCCAGGUCCUGAAGGUCCGCCAGGUAUGAGUAAGGAAGGACGUCCUGGAGAGCGUGGGCAGCCCGGUAAAGAUGGAGAUCGUGGCAGUCCGGGAAUUCCAGGACCAGUUGGACCACCUGGAAUGUGUGACCCAUCACUGUGUUUUAGUGUAAUUGUGGGGAGAGAUCCAUUCAGAAAGGGACCAAAUUAUUAAUUUGUCAUACAAUAAUUUAGAGGAAUAGGUAUGGUGCUUGUCUUUUAUGGUCUUUCAAGUCUCAGGAAGGUGAACAGCAAUAAUCCCAUAAGCCAGAACAAAAGUACCACUGACAUUAUAAACAUUAAAGAUGAAGAUCCCAAAGGUUAUACAUUCCUUUAGGAAAGGAACUCCAAUAAUUUUUUACAACUUGCAUCAACUGUAUCUCUAUUGGUUUUAAAGAGAUCACCAGUUUUAAUAGGAGUAAAAUUAAUUAUAGUAUUUGAUAUUUAGUAUUUAAGUGUCUUAUCAUACUCCUGUUACCACUGAAAUCCUUCAUAAAAUUGCUGGAGACACCACUGGGAGCAGGAUUAGGCCUUCAUUGGUAUUGGUCAGGUAUAAAUUACUGUGAAAUUUUUCACAUGCAGGCAACAUAAACAGUAUUUGAAAGAAUGUGGCCGGCUUUGACUUCAAGUGUGUGUGUGAAUCUUAUUGGCUUGUGUAUGUUUCAUAUGUCAUAGCUCAGAGUGUUCUGUGAGCAAAAGUAUAUAUCAGAGUUUUAUAAAUUAAGAUAAAUAUUUGGAUUUGUUAUGGAAGCAACAUCACCUAUUUGCUAUGCACCUCUGCUUUAAAACCAAGGUGAAAUGCAAGGGUAAAACUACUGGUUCCGUAGGGCCUAGUUUUGAUUGAAAAUGGUACUGUCAGCUACAAAAGGUCAAAAAGGUUUCAUGUGGGUGAUUCAAUUUAUAUGAAAAUAGCAUUAAAAAAUAAUAACCGCCACCAAACCUGUUAUAGCUGACUUGUAACUAUGAUUUGACAGAGAUAAAUAUUUAAAAAUGCUUGCAUAACCCCGAUGUAACAGCUCUGUGUAAUUAAGUUAUACACCCUUUGCUGUUUCUCCCCAUGGACUGCAAUUGCCAAACCGGAGAAGCAGGUUUACAAGAAAGGUCUUACUGCUGGCUGAUGCAGUGUUUGUUAUGCUGAUUCCUUUUGCAUUUUAAACAAGCUAUGUGUAAUUUUCAUUGUACGCUUUGCUAAUGAGGUGUAUUGCUUGCUUUUACGUAAAAAGCAAAGGCACAAUUCCCAUGAGAAUUUAAAAUCUGUUUCUUAAAUUAAGGCAGAGUUUUGUAUUGAUCUUAACCAACGCUUUAUAAGUGGCUUUUUCUAAUGUGUUGUUUUUCUGUUUGCUAUCAGAGAUUGGUAAUAUGCUUGACAUUCAAGGUAAAAUAAAAUUUUAUAAAGAACUGAUGGUAGUUUGA